AUGAUUGUGAUGGCAAGCACAGCUUUCUUUUUUUCAGCCAUGCAGAUUUCUGGGACAGCUGAGCCAGGUGUCUGGGUUUGCCUCCAGGGAAACACCACUUGUACAAUGGGAUUCAAUGGAACAUUAACAGAACCGGUAGACUCCCAAGGGAGAAGGAUUGAUCAAUUCAAAGAAAUGGAGCUUAAGUUGCACCCAGAUUUGAAAGAAACCUUGAAAAAGCUUUGUGAUGACCCAAAAACCACAAUAAUUGUCCUUAGUGGAAGUGACCGCAGUGUUCUUGAUGAGAAUUUUGGAGAAUAUAAGAUGUGGCUGGCAGCAGAACACGGGAUGUUUUUGCGGUUUACAAAGGAAGGUUGGAUGACAACAAUGCCAGAAAGUCUAAAUAUGGAUUGGGUUGACAGUGUUAAGUGUGCAAACUAUAAGUACGCAGACAUAGAUUUUGGGAGGCUUCAAGCGAAGGAUAUGUUGCAGCAUCUAUUGCAGGCCCAAUAUCAAAUGCUUCUGUAG